AUGGACCAAGACGCAUUCCGGCAGCUCAUUUCGAGCGCGUCGUCGUCGUCCGGCUCGACAUCGCAGCGCUCAUUCGGCAAAACCGCCAAGCGUGCCGCGCCUUCUUCGAGCACCAAGCCGGCGGACCUGUCCAAGCCCAAGCCUUCUCGCUCGGGUGCUGCCUAUGUAGACCGCGCGGCUGCGCGGCGGUCCGGCACGCUCGCCCGCGAGUUCUCGGACGUCGAAGCGCUGCAGCGCGACUUUGAGGCACGCAUCGCCGCCGCCACGAGCCAAGAGGAGCGGCAGGUGCUCCGAGAUCAGCUCAGCAGCGUCGGUGGCGACGCGCGCUACUCGGUGCUCGUCAAGGGCCUCGACUAUGCGCUUCUCGCACAGAACAAGGCGAAGCUCGACCAAGAUGCCGACGCAACUGGCCAGGACGACGAUCUCGAACAGGCCUUCCAUGCCGAAAAGCCCAAGCGCAGCAGAGACGAUAUCAUGAACGCCAUCAAGAAGAGGCGCGCAGGGGUGAUGGGCGACGACAAGAGCACGGCCGGCACACGGAUGGGUACUGGGUUCCGCCCGAUCGGCAAGGCCAGCGAGGACGAGGUGGCGGCAGAGUACAAAUGGAAGAACGGCAAACGCAUGCGCAAGAAGGUGCGGCCCGCGCCGGAGCCCGCCUUGGUGCCGGAGCAGAGUGCGGCGUCAGAAGCAAACCCGAGUGCCGCGGUCAAAGCAAAACCGGCAGUCCCAGCGUCGCCGCCGCGCCAAGCAGCGCCAGCACUACCGCCGAGUCCACCACGGCAGCCAUCGCCCGAUCCUCCUGCAUCUCCGGCUGAAAAGGCGCAACCUAUGCCUGAGCAAGGGCCCGACGCGGAGAGCGACGAUGACGGUGACGACGACAUCUUUGCCGACGUGGGCGGAUGGACGGGUAUCGCCGAUGUCGAUGACACGCCCAAUCCGGUGCAAAGUGAAGAGCCUGCGCUCAACGACACUGUCCCUUUGGAGGCGACCGAGUCGGAGCUUUUCCAACCCGCCGAGACUACUGCGAAGGUGUCUGCUGCGGAAACGCCGCUCCUUGUGCGGGAAUCUUCACCCGCUUCAGCCGCGGAUCCACAGCCGCAACCGCAACCGAAGCCACUGCCUCCUCCGCCACCGCAGCACGAGGCGGAGCCGAAGCAGGAGCAGCCGGACGCGCCACCACCUUCAACGGCGCGUCCACGCUCCAAGUGGGAUGCGCUCGACGACGCACCGCGCAAAAAGAAGCGCAAGUCCAAAGCCUAG